AUGAGUGAGUCGGCCCCACUACUUCACCAAGAAGGCGAUGAAUACGUUUCAAAACAUACGAACACGCUUAACAAACGAACAAAAGUCACUCUAUACACCAUUGUUGGUCUAUUAGGGUUGGCUACACUUUGGGUGUUUACAAUUGUUCUACCUAGUUACUACAUCCCCGAGGCAGUGCCACUAAAGCCGAUAAAGCACAUUUCUCAGUUGAAUACAACCUUUGUAGCUGGUGAGGAGCAGAAACACAUCAAGAGAAUCAUCAUGAUUGGCGAUAUCCAUGGCCAUUACCACGAAUUUAAACAGCUAUUGAAGAAGGUUAGGUACAACAAGAGAGAAGAUGAACUCUUGGUACUAGGGGACUUUGUCACCAAGGGUCCUGAUUCAUUCAGGGUGUUGGAUUAUUUGAUCGAGCACAAGAUCGAGUGUAUCGUUGGAAACCACGAGUAUUACGUUCUCCAAUACUAUGCACUCUUUCACGCGCUUGAUCAACCAAGGUUCCUUUUGAAUGACGGCCAACAUGUCAGCCACAUUGGGACCGACGGAGUGUUUAAUGAUGACCCGGAAUAUCUCUUUGCCAAGAAGUUGCAACCACAUCAUGUGAAGUAUAUCAAUCAGUGUUCGGUGAUUAAGGAGCUUGGUAUUGCACCAGUGGGAAAGGACGUUGCUCCCGGUGUUGCGGUACAUGCUGGUAUUCGACCCGAUCUAAAGUUGAGCCAACAGAACCCUAUUGACAAUUUAGAGAUGCGCUCUUUGAUAGGUCCCCAUUUCAAUGAAACGACUUCAGAUCCUGAUGCUCCAUUUGCCAAGAGCUGGUCAAAGGUUUACAACUCUAAACACGGGGAAGCACCUGCAAACUAUGUGGUGUAUUACGGACAUGAUGCAGGACGAGGACUCAAGUUGAAAAAGUACACAAAGGGGUUGGAUUCCGGGUGUGACAAAGGAGGGAAAUUGACUGCUGCUGUCAUUUCAUCUGGUGAAAAUAAGGGAAAGCUAAAGUUGGAGGAGGAGAUAGUGCAAAUAGAUUGCUAG